AUGUUAACACCUGAUAUUCUUGGGGAAAUUUUUAAAUAUCUCGAUGACCGCGACGAGAUACUUAAUUCACCAACUGAUUUUAGAAAUUUAUAUACAUGUCUUUUAGUUAAUAAUCAAUGGUGUAAUAGCGCUAUUCCUGUUUUAUGGAGGACACCCUUCAGUCGCUGUUACAAACGUAGGGGUAAUUUAUUAAUAAAAACUUUAAUUAAUUGCCUCAAUCUAACCGAAAGACAAGAUUUAUAUAAUGAUGGCGUUUUUGUGCCAAGUGGAAAAUACAAUUUACCACUCUUCAAUUACUCAUGUUUUAUCAAAAAUCUAGAUUAUUUUCAACUUAUUACAUUGAUAAAAAAUUGGUGCAGAUUUUAUUUAGAAGGUUCUAAUGAAGAGAGUGUUACGGCAAUUCUUAGAUCAGUAUUAAAACUAUUAGUAAAGAGACGUGUUCAUUUGAACACCCUCAUAAUUCGAAGUGAUGAUGAUCUUUAUUAUCUCUUAACAGAGCCUCAAAUUCUGCCAAUACUUGAUCCUAUAAGAGAACUCCAAAUAAGUUGUUCUUUUCCCAAAGAGAGACUCAUGAAUAAUCUGGCAAAACAUUGUAGAAAUAUAAUCUCACUAAAAAUUAUGAACUUAAGUAUUGAAAAUGAUAAAAGUUACAAUGCCGCCAAAAAAUUAGCUUUAUUAAUCGAAAACCAACGCUCUCUAAAAUCCGUGUUUAUUUCAAGAACAAAAUUCAUAAAUAUUAUAAUUCCAUCUUUAAUAAGACAAAAAAAAAGUUUACGAAAAAUUAUAUUCCGAGCACUCGAUUUUAAAGAUUACGACAGGUUUAACGUCAUCAAAUCUUGCUCCAAAUUAGAAAAAUUGGAUCUGGUGGAUUGCUACAAUUUAAAUUCUCAUAUGAUCACACAUUUAAUAAAUCACAAAAAUUUAAAACGAGCUGGAAUUAGAAAUUGUUCACCAGCGAAUGUAGGGGAUGAAUUAAAAUCUUGGGCAGAUAAGAUUAAUUGUCGCAGACGCAAAUAUUAUUAA